AUGGAAUAUUUUGGAGUGAAAAGCAGGCAGCUGCAUACAUAUAACGUGUCAUUCCUCUUUUUAAGUAGUGGACGAAUACAUAUAUAUACAUACGUAGAAGGAGAAGAAGGAGAAGGAGAAGAAGAAGAAGAAGUAGAAGUAGAAGAAGAAGGAGAAGUAGAAGAAAAAGAAGAAGAAGAAGAAGAAGAAGAAAGAAAGAAAGAAAGCGUUGUCUUAAGCCUGCUUUCAUAUCCUAUUCACAUCAGAAGAACAAUUGAAAAUGAAGGCCGUAAUAUUAUGCCUCGCUAUUAUGCUCUCUUACGCUCUACUGGUAGCAGCAAACGUCAAUACAACUGAUAGCAACGUAACAAUGUUUACUACACAAGGAAUGGAUGGGAAUAUGACAACUCAAAUUCCAGAAACUACCACUUCAGGAUAUUCGAUUGUUAUACCUUCAGUUUUGUUUGUCGGAGCAGCGAAUUUAUUACAGCGAUUUUUCUGAAUGAUUACUUUCAAUCAAUAAUAUUUGCAAUAUAAUUUUUUAUAUAAAUGUCUUGAAACAAUAUAAAUAAAAUCUUUGAUAAUUGUAUCACGAAUUUAAAUCUGUCUUCAUAUGUUCAAUGAUUAUACUACGAUUGAUGCCGAAAAAAAAUAACAGAGGAUGAAUAAUGAAAUUGAAUUUGCUAUCGGGUUUGGAGGAGCCGAAUAUAAAAAUGAAGAACAAACAAAACAAAGAGCAAAGACAAAAAAGAAGAAAAAUUCAAAAGUUGUGAAAUGGUGUAUUCCUGUAAUGAAUCCAGACCCAGAAUGAAGUAAAUUCCGGCAAAACCAUCAGAAAAUAAUAUGCUUACUCAAGUGUAAUUUGUUUAAAUAAAUAAUAUCAUUCUGACAUAAAAUAAAAAUAUUUAUUUAUUUAUUUCUCAUCAUGUGGUGAUAACUUUGUCGAUGGAGCUUGAGACAAUUUAAAAAAUUUUUUAUGUGACUUUGAGUCCACUGGUCAAGGUGUAAGAUGCUCAAAUUGCCUCCUCUUUCUCAGUAUUCACCAUGUUGAUGUAUAAUCAAAGGCAAUCUAUCAGUGGCCAUGAUGUCUAUUUUUUAAAAUUCUGACAUGGAUUAAGAAAUAAAAUUAUGUAUAAAAUC